GCUCCAUGAUGGAGCAGGAGAGGCUGUGGUGACUCCUGAGGCUGGUCCAGGAGGGAAACCUGGCUCUCCUACGGGAUGAGCUGAGGCUGGAUGAGAUUCCAGAGGCUCCCAGCUGGCGCUGGGGACGUUUGGGAGAUUCCCUGCUGCACCACGCAGCUCGCUUGGGACACCGGGAUGUGCUGGAAUUCCUGGUCCUGGAGAUUGGGAUGGACAUGGAAGUGACCAAUGGGGACUACAAGAGACCCCUCCAUGAGGCUGCUUCCAUGGGACACCAGGAAUGUGUGUCCUUCCUCCUGGAGAGAGGGGCGAGCGUGGACUGCUUGAAAAAGGCUGACUGGACUCCCCUGAUGAUGGCUUGCACCAGGAAAAACUUGGGAGUGAUCAAAACUCUGGUGGAGCACGGAGCCAACCCGUUGCUGAGGAACAAGGAUGGCUGGAAUUGCUUCCACAUUGCCAGCAGGGAAGGGCAUCCCGAGGUGCUCCAGUACCUCCUGGAUGUGUCCCCAAGCUGCUGGGACACGGAGAGCACCACGGGGAGAACUCCUCUGCACACAGCAGCAAUGCACGGCUGUUCCCAGGUUGUGGAGCUGCUCCUGGAACGGUGCCAGUACAAACCUGACAGCAGGGACAGCUGUGGGGUCACUCCCUUCAUGGAUGCUCUCCAGAACGGGCACGUGGGCAUCGCCCGGCUGCUCCUGGAGAAACACCAGGCCUGUCCCACGGCCGUGGAUGCCCUGGGUGCUCAGGCCCUGCACAGGGCAGCUGUGACAGCCCAGGAUGGCUCCAUCCAGUUCCUGGUGUCCGAGCUGGGCGUGGAUGUCGACGGCAGAGCGACGUCGCUGCGGCUGCCAGCCCUGCACUACGCAGCCAAGGAAGGACAUGGACACACCAUCCUCACCCUGCUGUCCCUCGGUGCUGAUCUCCAGGCCAAGGAUGGGAAGGGCCGUUCUGCCCUGCACGUGGCCAGCGCCGGGCAGCGCGCGGCGGCCGCUGCCAUCCUGCUCCAGGCUGGCCUCCAGGAUGCUCCUGAUGCCACGGGGACGCUGGCCCAGCAGCUGGCCACCAGGCCUGAGGUCCUCCAGGUCUUCAGGGAGCAGCAGGCAGCACGUGAGCAACAGGAACCUGCUCCUCCACCUCCCUGAACCAGAACCAUCCAAGGGAAAUUCUACUGCCAGGGAUCCUCGUGGCUUUUCCUGGGAAUUUCCUGAACAUCCCCAUGGAGAAGAUCCACCUGGAUCAUGGAUUUUGCAGCUCUUCAGGGACCACUAAAUUGGUUUAAUUUUCAAUUUAAUUUUCAUUUGACAUCUUUGGGUGGGACAGAGACUCUUGAAGCUGCAUCAACCUCUUGAAUCCUUUUUGUA